AUCAGGUGAACAUGGAGUAGCUAUUAAAAGCAUCGAGAAUUCUCCUUAUAAUGUACCUGAUGAAUUUGAAACUUCCGAAAUUUUUAGAGAGCCAAUUGCGCUUAUAGUAUCUGCGAUUUCAUGUAGAAAUGACAUGGUGAAUUCUGAUGUCCUUGGGUGUUAUGGGUUAAGUAAAAAUCCUAAUACCAAUUCUUAUUUGAUUAUUACGAAACUAUGUAAAUGUGAUCUUUGGAGAGAAACUCACGAUGAUCUCUAUUUGUCGGUAAACAUUUGUAAUGGAGAACGCCCACAAACUGCUAAAAAUGUGUCCAUACCUGAAUGCUAUAAAGGAUUAAUGGAACAAUGUUGGAAUAAUAUUCCAUCAAAUAGACCAAGUGUUAAUGAAUUAUAUGAAGUUUUAAGAGGAUGGCGCUUUGCUGGAAUAAAUGCCAAUCAAUUUGAGGAUGCAAAUAAGAAUGAUAAAAAUAUUAAAAUUAUUGAUCCACCUAAACAACAGCCACAGAAUAGUAGAUUUAUAUCAACUACGCAUUUAAUAAAUAAUAUUCCAGAAAUUCCUGAUAUAUCUAUGCCAUAUAACCUCAAUGUAUCUAUGCCAUAUGACCUCAAUUCAGAUUUGGAAAUUCCUGAUAUAUAA